UUGUGGUGAGAAGUGUUCAUGUUGUUGAUUUUGUCGCCAUGGAAAAAGGGUUGCAAGAAGGCGCAUUAGACACUACUAAUCAAGAAGGACAGGCAGUAGCAAGCAGAGGUAUUUUAAUGCAACAAUCCACUAUUCAUUGGUUGAAGGCGCCGGAUUCAUCAAUCCGUUUAAAGGGAUCUUCACACCGCAGCGCACCGAAUGCCAUAAUUCAACCGGACUUUAAGUUUGAGGAUAUGGGCAUUGGUGGCUUAGAUACUGAAUUUAGUAAUAUUUUUCGACGUGCAUUUGCUUCUCGAAUUUUUCCACCGAGUUUGGUUGAGAAACUUGGAAUUCAGCAUGUCAAAGGUAUUCUUCUAUUUGGGCCACCGGGAACAGGUAAAACUUUGAUGGCAAGACAAAUUGGAAAAAUGCUUAAUGCCAGAGAACCUCAAAUUGUAAAUGGGCCCGAAAUUUUGGAUAAAUAUGUUGGUCAAUCGGAAGCAAAUAUUCGUAAACUUUUUGCAGAAGCAGAAAAAGAAUAUAAAGCUAAAGGAGAAGAUUCUGGCUUGCAUAUCAUUAUUUUCGAUGAAUUAGAUGCUAUUUGUAAACAACGUGGUGGCAAAAGUGACGGAACCGGAGUUGGUGAUACUGUAGUGAAUCAAUUGUUGGCAAAGAUGGAUGGUGUGGAACAACUAAAUAAUAUUCUUAUAAUUGGAAUGACAAAUCGAAUUGACAUGAUUGAUGAAGCGUUGACGCGUCCAGGUCGAUUGGAGGUUCAUAUGGAAAUUGGAUUACCGGACGAAAAAGGAAGAUUACAAAUCUUGAAAAUUCAUACUUCCAAAAUGAGACAAAAUGGUAUAAUGGAUUCUGAUGUUGAUUUGGCAGAACUCGCAAGCCUAACAAAAAAUUUUAGUGGUGCAGAAAUAAAUGGUCUUGUAAAGAGUGCAAGCUCAUUUGCAUUUAAUCGACACGUAAAAGUGGGUACGCUUGCCGGGGUCACGCCAGAUGUUGAAAAUAUGAAGAUCAAUCGAAAUGAUUUUUUGGCUGCACUGGACGAAGUCCAACCGGCAUUUGGUGUUAGUGAUGAAGAAUUGCAGCAAUGUGUACAAAAUAAGAUAAUUCAUUACGCACCUAUUGUUGAAAGAAUAUUAUCUGAUGGUCAAUUGUUCAUAGAACAAGUGAGAAAGAGUGAUAGAACUCCGGUUGUUAGUGUUUUAUUGCACGGACUUGCUGGUAGUGGUAAAACAGCUUUAGCUGCCACAUUGGCAAGAUCUUCAGAGUUUCAUUUUAUAAAGCUAAUUUCGCCCGAAAACAUGGUUGGAUUUUCAGAGUCAGCAAAAAUGAGUGCUAUUACUAAGGUUUUCAAUGAUUCAUAUAAAUCACCAUUAAGCGUAAUAGUAAUCGAUAAUAUUGAACGUCUCCUUGAAUGGGUUCCGAUUGGUCCCCGAUUUUCAAACUCUGUACUACAGACUUUAUUGGUUUUAUUGAAGAAACGUCCACCAAAAGAUCGACGUCUCUUGAUUCUGGCUACUACGACAGAAAGGUCUGUAUUAGAGCAAAUGGAUAUGAUAGAUUGCUUCAAUUCAGAAAUCUACGUACCCAACGUCACUGAUUUAACUUCGGUGGAUGCUGUACUACGAGAACUUGAUUUGUUCAACGAUCAAGAUCGACAGAGAGCAUUACAAACUUUAGCGGAAAAUGGAUUCGAUAAGAAAUUGUCAAUUGGAAUUAAAAAAUUAUUAAUGAUAAUAGAAAUGAGUAAACAAGAUGUGGAUAGAGUGGAUAAAUUUGUUACGACUUUAUUGGGAUUAUAA